AUGCAAAUCCGCAGCACCUCCAUCUCGUCCUCGAUCCUCGCCGCCAUCUCGGGCGACUCCAGCAACCCCGACAAGCCAAGCCUGCAGAAACGCAUCUUCCGCGUCUUGGCUUCGUUCCUCUCCGUCUUCCACCUGCCCCUCGCCCGCUAUCACGCCGCCGACUUUCUCGAGCUUCGUCACAAUGUCUGGAAGCUGGACGAGCAGGAGUACACGACCUCGUUCCGGCUCGCCCAGAAGGCCGCCAAAGGCAAGGGCCGCGAGUCCGACCUCAAGCCCGUCGGCGACCUGGGCUAUAGCGGUUCGACCUUCUUCACGACGGCCGACGGCAAGUUCCUCGUCAAGUCGCUACCCCGCCGCUUCGAGCACGAGUUCUUCACCCACGAUCUCUUCGACGCCUACGUCGCCCACAUGAAGAAGCACCCCCACAGUCUGCUCGUGCGCAUCACCGACAUGGUCUACACCUCAAUCGCCACGCUCGGCGGCAUCCUCGGCACAGCACCGACCCAUCACAUUAUCAUGGAGAACCUGCUAUACGGCAAGUCGGAGGAGGAGACGAGCCACAGGAAGAAGCAAUGGGAGACGUACGACCUCAAGCCGAAUGACUACUUCUUCCCUGAGAGGGACAUCGCCAACGGCCACCUGGCACCGGAGAGCGUCAAGGAGAGGCUGAUUGACGAGUUCGACGACAAGGUCCGCGUCACGCCCGCGCAGAAAAAGGAGCUGCUCGACCUCCUUGAAGCAGACACCCGCGUGCUCGCCGACAACAACGCCGUCGACUACUCGCUCUUCAUGGUCCGCUACCCGGGCCCUAACGUCCUGGACGAGGCCCGCAGCGUGCCCACCAUCCAGUCCGACGCCAACGAGUGGCGCACCGGUCUCACCGACGUCGACGGCAACUGGACCUACCGCAUCAUCGUCCUCGACUUCUUCUGGGCCAAGCACAAGUUCCGCGCCAAGGCCAUGACGGGGCUCGUCAAGUCGUAUAACAUCUUUGCCGGCCACGGCCCCAUGAGCAUCACAGCCAAUCCCGCAGAGUAUCGUGAGCGGUUUCUCAACAUGGUCCGAGACUUUGUUAUUGAGGCGUGA